ACUCCAUUACUCAACUAACAGAGGCAGCUAGAAAAGUCGAGUAAUGUCCUCGCUGUUCCUCAGUUAGUAUUUCCUGUCCUGGUUGUAGGAAGGAUACGCUUGGACGGUGAUAUUAGUGAAAAGCGGUUGGUUGGUGUCGGUUGUUGGAGUUGAUCUGCGUAAAUACUGACGUCCUGAACGGGAUUUGCGGUCUGUCAAUGAGGAACUACAGGCUCAUCUUUUGUCAUAACCUGAAGCAGCCAUAGAUUGUAUUCCAUUUCACUGAGUAGAGCAGGAGAAACAGUGAACUUCUGAAUUUUUUGAAGUAAAACAACAGCGACUUAAAAGGUGCGGCUGUGGAAGCGAUGAGGAAGAGCCUCUCUCGUACUCUCAGCGAGUCCCUUAACACAGCCCGGGUGUUUGGCAUCCCUUUGGAGGAGGUGCAGCAGAGCGGCCAGCCAGGCCACGAGGUCCCCCUGUUAGUAAGGACCAUUGUAGAGUACAUUGAGGAGCAUGGGGGACUGGGACUUGAAGGUCUGUUCCUGGUGAAUGGAAACGCCGAGCGCGUCGAGUGGCUGCGGCAGCGCUAUGACAGUGGUGAGGAGGUGAAUUUGGAGAAGGAGGCAGAUCUGGCCUCAGCUGUAAGUCUGCUGCGCCUCUUCCUGCAGGAGCUCCCAGAGCCCAUUAUACCUGCAGGCCUACAAACGCACAUUCUGCAUCUUUACCAAGAGAACAGCGGCGAGGAAGAGUUGGCAAGAAACAUGAAGUACGUUUUGCAGCAGUUGCCCCAGGUCAACCACAGUCUCCUGCGCUUCCUAUGCCGCUUCCUGUCCAAUGUGGCUUCUCUUCAGGCGGAGAGCUGGAGCAUCGGUGCCCUCGCUGCCGUCUUUGGUCCUGACAUUUUUCACUUAGAUACGGACGGGGAGGAGCUGAAAGAGCAGGAGUCUGUGAGCCGCAUCCUGGUGGAGCUGCUUGAGAACUGGGAGGACUUCUUUGACACUGAAGAUGAUAUUUCUACAACCAAUGACUACAGCUCCAUUAAUGAACAGAUCACUGAGCUCCUGGAGGAUGAAAAGAUAGAAGCAUGCGAGGAGCUUCCACAAGAUGUCGAGGACGGCUCUUCUUCACUCUCCCCAAAACACCCUCACGCCCCCGCUUCUUCCAGCUCGCACAUCACUUCCAUCAGCAUUCUUCCAAGAUCUGCAGAGAUCCUCCAGACCUCUGUGCUACUCUGUGCUGCAGUUGAGCAGCAUUUCCUGGAUCUACAAAGCUCCAUAGACCAGGAUGUUGGCAAGUAUGAAAGCCAAGACUCAUCCUGCCAGCCUGGCCUGGGUGAGAAGAUGGCUGUGCCAGAAGAGCAUGAAGAAGAAGAGCAGCCUGAGAUUGGAUCUCUCAGCCCUGCAGAUGCAGACCAGUCUGAACAAGACAACAAGACAUCUCAAGGUUUCCAGACUGAUGUCCUUGUAUCAGAGGAAAAUUCAGGAAUGGAAUUUGACACUGAGGCUAUCGUGGAUGCUAAGAACAACAUCAACAUGCAUGCAAGACUGCAAACAUACCCAGAGUACGAGUGCAUGGAACUGACUGAUGUUACCACCCCAGAGUCUGCUCCGGCUGUGUGUGAUCUAAACGCUAACCCUGAAACCGAAGAUCAGAUCAACCAGGCAGUCAGUGCUGGUCAACAUCAGCCCAGCUCUGUCUUUCCUGAUGGAGAGGAAGAAGCAUCAUGCCCCAACAAUUUUCCUCUCAUAGACUUCACAUGUAUGCAUCUGCAGAGGGAAGGGCAUGACCCCUUGCCAGUGUUCAUGUCAUGGCAGGAAGAAACUGAGUCUGGAGAGGCCCAGCUGUCUCCGCUGGCAGGUCGCAUGCUGCCACUACCUUUGGGUGAAGAUGCCCAACCGCUGCUGGCACGUCAUUUUCUGGACUUCGGGCACAGCCAGCGUUUUCUGCAGCAGGACUCCGAUGCCACUUCAUCAAACAAAGCACUGUCCUGCGGGAGGCCUCGCCGUGCCUCCUUCAGCUCCAAAGAAAGUACAAAGGGAGAUAGUGUGUGUCAGCAGCUCACCAAGAAACUUCAGAACCUUAAGAAGAAAAUUAAGCAGUUUGAAGAGCAGUUUGAAAAAGACAAAAACUACAUGCCAUCUCAUGCUGACAAAGCAGCAAACCCUAAGGUCCUGAAGUGGAUGACCGACCUCACCAAAAUCCGCAAACAGCUUAAAGGACGACAGCACCUCUUACCCAAAGCAUCCCUGAGACACCAGGCGGUGCUUCACUUACACAGACGCCACUCGUCCGCCUCGAACACACCCCAUUUUACACAGUCACGUCCCCACACGGCCUCUAGACAGGCACCCCUUUUCUAUGCCAAACAGAAGGCUGAUAGCGAGCUGACCCCACAGACUCGGCCACGCAGCAACACACUGCCUAAGAGCUUUGGCUCCUCCUUGGAGCAGUCAGCUUCUGAGGGCCUUGCUGACAGGGAGGGGCGCAGACCCACCUGCGAAGAGACACUCCAGCUCAUUGAACAACAUCUCAGAGCCAAGAGAGAGGAAGAUGGCUGGCCCGAAGACAUCAGAAAAAUGACCAAGGAGCAGCUUACUUGUGAGAAAACUGUGCUGCAGAAGAACUUGCUGUAUUACGAAGGACUUCAUGGUCGCCCUGUCACUCGUGAGGAGCGACUGAUUGUAAAGCCCUUGUAUGGCAGAUACCGGAUGGUAAAACAAAUGCUUACCCGCGUCAGCAUCACACCAAUUAUUGCCUCUCCCUCAAGCAAGAGGCGCAACCAGACCCUGCAGCCCAUCAUUGAGGGUGAGACUACUCACUUCUGCGAUGAGAUUAAGGAGGAAGAGGAGGAGGAGGAUGCUGAUGGAGAGCAAGAUAGUGAAGAAAUGCAGAGUGAGGGGUCAGAGGACAACAUCACUUUGGACCCAGCAGCCCAGCCCAGCUCAGAACAGCCUCAACCUGACAGUGUUCUCAGGCCCAAAAUGAAGGAAAGCUCAGGCAAGCUGACCCUUGAUCUGCGUUUGUCCAGCACCAAUGCCUCGUCCAUGCCUGAGCUUCUGGAGCAGUUGUGGAAAGCCAGAGCUGAGAAGAAAAAGCUGAGAAGAACCAUCCGAGAGUUUGAAGAGGCAUUUUACCAACAGAAUGGAAGGACUGUCCAGAAGGAGGAUCGUGUGCCUAUGAUGGACGAGUACAAGGAGUACAAACGCAUCAAGGCCAAACUGCGUCUGCUUGAAGUCCUCAUCAGCAAGCAGGAUUCGUCCAAGUCCAUCUAGAAUCCAGAAACCUUAUACAGCUUAAAAUGAAACUCCAUCACUACCACAGCACAGCACACUUCAGUUCUGCAUGCCCAGCUGCAUCUUAUAAACCAACCAACCAACCAGCUAACCAACUCGGACUUCAGCGUACUGUUUGUGUUCAAGAUCCAGAGGAAAAAUUUCUCUCUCUAAAGCCCUUAUUUAAUUUGGACUCUUCUUGCUUUUUCUUGAUUUUGUUUACUCAUAGUGAGUGAAGAGAGACACCUGUCAUCAAAUCACAGUGGAGGCUUUUAAUGUGUGAGCGCAGCUGGAACAGAAUUCCAGACCACAUUUAAAGUCGGCACCUUUUAGCACCCCAUACCUGGGAAAAGUGAUACACUAUUGGUGUGUGUCUUACUGGACUGAACUAUGUGUUGUUACAUCAUAUUCUGUGUAUGCAUGAUACUUUAUUGUGUUACAAUAUGUCCUUAACAGUUACUGACAGAUACUGUACUGAAUGGCGGUGGAUUUCUUUAUAACUUUUUCAAGACAAGUUAACCCCCAAGGACAAGUUGGUGCUCUUUUUCUUUUGUUUUUGGAGAUGAACUGUCAGCCACUGCAUCAUUAAUCAGACUGACAUGAAACAUUAUGAUCACAUAGUAUUCCUGAUUGCCUACACGUUUGAGUAAUAUGAGCAACAUGUAAGUAGUGUGUUUUAUUUAUAGCUCUAUUCUUGCUUUCUUGAAUCUGUGUGAGAAUAAUGAAUUGAUGACUGAAUGGAAGUAAGAAUGAUGACAUACUUACAGGUAUUACUCUGACAUUAGAAAAAGGGUUUGUACCUUACUUAUACAGCACUCGGUUGUUGAAAUCAGAGCUGGUUCGCUCAGGCUCUGCACCACUCCAGUCCAUAGCGGUGGUUCACAGCAGCUUUACUAAAAUCCUGUUCCAAUCCUGUAACCAAUGACAACAAGAGUCUUUGAUCUAGCCAAGCAUGCAGUCAUGCUCGAGAACUGGCUUAUCCGGUACAAGCAGACUAGAUGGAUUGGAAAGGUAAAGGAACCAAGUGGCACUGCUUAUACAGACAGUUUAAAAUCAACAUUCCACCAGCUUCACAGCUUUAUACACUAAGCAAGCUAAGCUGAAAUGUGGAAACGUGGGUGUUUGUCAUACCUUCCUCGUGAAUAUACUUCCUCCUGGAGGACACUUACUGUAAACUGUGGCUAGUAGGGGUGGGGAUGUGGCUGUAUCAAGACAUUUAGAGAGAUUUGCUAACACUGCAGCGAGUUUAUUGUCUUUUUAUCUUAAAAGUGUGCAAAAUACAUUGUUAUUUACAUUUAAAUAUAAAAAGUACCAGAUUGUACCUAUAAUAGAUUUUAAAGCCUUGAUAAUACCAUAGCCAGCCAUGAACAGAAGUCCAAGAGGGCAUAAACGACCCUACGAGAAGAGAUGGCAUUCCUCUCCCCUAUCAGUUGAAACAACAUUGGACACCUGUGAGCUAAAGUGUGAGCUCAAGGUCGCAGUAAGCACCCCUGUCUGGUGGUGUUAAUCUUUUCAAAGAUUUUCCAAAAGUCAGUGACCGACUUCACAUGUCUUGGAGGAAGCACAUCCAAGCCCUCACCCACACAGGUUGGUAGCUGUUGUGUCAAAAAAAGGCUCAGUGCAUGGAAGUUAGCAGUGCCAGGUAUCAAUACCUAAGCUGAGUUGGGCAAAGUUGUAAGUCCUGACUGUCUGCUUCCUGAUGGCAUAUUUUGGUUUGAUGUAUCAUAUGGAUAUAUUGGCUUAUCGCCCAACCCUAAAGACCAGGUUUCUUUUUUUUUUUUUUUUGGCUAAUAAGGGUGAUCGCUGACAUGUAUCCUGGAUAUCAGACACCUUAGUGUAGUUUAGCUGUUUGUACAGUAGUCUGUUAACUGUAGAUGCACCUUGUGUUAAGCUUUUCAUUUAGACAGAAGGGCACUGCUGGGCAUGAAAUGCAGAAACAACGAGCACUUGUAAUGGCAGAGUUUAUGUUGGUAUUUUGGUGUGUUUAGAGAUCACUAGUACUACGGUAGGGUCCGAGCUUACUCCAAAGAUGCACUGGAAGAGUUUGUAGCCGUGUGCUAACUAGAGGUCAGUGAAUGCACUCAAUAAAGUACAUUAAUAUUAGUGUGGAAGCUAUUGAAUGUUAUUUGCACAGCAUUCUGAGAAUGCAGCCCACUGUUUGUUCACCUUUGCUUGUAUAUUAAAGCACUAAUUAUAUCUGAAGGAUGUGUUUUUUCCAUGCAUGUUAAAACCCUGUGUAUCACUUUGUGAUGGUGACACAAGGAUCGUUUUUAAGGAGCGUUAUUUUGUACUCAUUUUUAAAGCUUCACUUUAAACUGUACGCAUAUAUGAUGUAGCCGUAUUGACGAAACGUCUGCUUGUUUUGUAAAAACUUGUCAGUAGUGAGUUUGCAUGGCAAAAUGUUUGUAUUUAUAUUUUUUUGUGCCAUGAAAAAAAGCAAUAACUUCAGCAUCAAGGUCUUUAUUAGUGGAAUGAGAGGCCUUCUGUAUCCAGUCUGUGCAUUUCCAAUAAAUGGCUUGUGAAACA